GUGAUGGAGCUCAGAGUGGCUUGUUUUCACGCUCGCCGGGGAUAAAGUGAUUUUAAGGAGAAAUACGGCGUGUUUUCUAUGCUGCUGAUCUCACACACCGCCAGACCUGAGCUCACAUUGAGACGAAGAGCGGCGCUGGGAAGUUUAAUGUUCCUCAGGAGCGACGGAAACAGUCCUCCGAGCAUCUGAGGAAAUUUCACCAUCUGGUUUUGGCGCAAAGAAUUAGGAUGACCUACAAAUGGUUUCUGUUUCUCCCCGGUGGGCUCAUGCUCCUGAUCUAGGGUGGGGGGGCAUUGCCCCGUUCUGCCAUGAAAGGCUACACCCCCCAGCGCGCCCGCCCCCUGUCCGACUGCGAGCCGCCCCGUUCUCCCAGUCACCGGGACCCUCGGUACCCCUCGUCUGCCUCCUCCACCCUGUCCCACGCCCCGUUUCUCCUCCCAGCAGCCAUGGAGCAUUACGGAACCCUGGACCCUCACCACUUCUCCCCGUCACCCGACUGCCUGAUGCCCCUCAACGACCAGCUGUCCUCCAGCAGCACCUUCCCCCGGAUCCACUACAACUCGCACUUCGAUCAGGGCGACUUCGGUCACACAGCUGACAGCAUCGGGGGAAUCAGCUCCGGGACGCUGGGGACAUCUAUGUCCAUGGGAAUGGGUCUCGGAGUGGGACGGACUGCCAUGAUCACCAGCGGAUCCGCAACUAUAUCGGGGGCAGGGAAGAUGAACCGGUUGACACCCAACCUCCUGGACCAGUUCGAGAAACAGUUGCCAGGGCAACAGGACGGCUUCAGCACGUUACAGUUCCAUCGCAGCACUGCGGUGACGACGACCAAACAGCAGGAACAGCAGCGCACGGACAGUCCGGGAAAAAUACGCUACUUAGUUCACUCCGUCCAGAAACUGUUCGCUAAAUCCCAGUCGCUGGAAAACUCCGCCAUUAAGGGAAACAUGAACGGCCGCAACAGCAGAUCGUCGAGCAGCGAUGACAAAAACCAUCGGAGCAAAAGCAAAGACCGGGUAAAGAGCGAAGGAACGGCCAAACGGAGGCCUCGAUCCAAUAUGUCUGGAUACUGGAGUUCUGAUGAUUUGGACAGUGAUAUAAGUAACUAUAGGAACCCAAAGGCCAUGAUGACUUUGGGUCGGCAAGGGGUGGGAUCCGGACCAGGGCCGGGCGGACAGGUGGCAUCCAGGUACUUCAUGCAGGGCUACAGCACCAUGAGCGAGCACAUGCUGAAAUCCUCAAAGAGUAACAGUGACCUGAAGCACCAGGGGCUCCCUGCACUCCCGGGACCUGGUGGCGGCAGUGGAGGUGGUGGGGGGAUCGGAGGAGGCCGAGGGCCGAUGUUUGACGGGAACUUUGGUAAAGGGGGACCCUGGUCCACGCUUACAUUAGGACCCACCAGACAGGUGUGCCAGAAGGGCUCGGCCACACUGGAUCGCACCCUGCUGAAGUCCAAAUCUGUCCAGCAGGAUAUGGGCUGCCACUUCCUGCAGGUGCACGGGAGGAUGCCGUCCACCGGCGACUGGAUGGGGACUCUGGGCCGAAGCGGGCCCAUGGGCGAGAUCCCCUGUAGACGGAUGCGUAGCGGCAGUUACGUCAAAGCCAUGGGCGACCUUGAGGAUAGUGACGACUCUGACGGGAGUCCCAAACCCUCGCCGAAAUGUGCCGCACGGAGGCAGAGCUACUUACGCGCAACACAGCAAUCACUAAGUGACCAGUUCCCCUCAAGAAACCGUCUGCUGGACUACUCGAUGCUGCAGGGGGAUCUGGAGGCUCUCUGGUCCCCCCUCCACAGCAUCAGCACCCUGCAGCAGAUCGGACGCUCUGUCAGCUGUCUUCCUUCUCUGCGAGAGUACUCUGGGAAUCGCAGUCUGGAUAACCUGGACUGCAUUGGAGGCAGUUCUCCGUUCCCAAACUGGGAUGAUGACGACUUCAGUCAGGGCUGCAGCACGCUGGGACGCGGCAGCUGCAUCAGUCAGGUGCGAGACAUGGAGUUGAGCCAGCAUUAUGGAGAUGAGCUGGAAGACAUGCAUCCUCACUCACGAUGCAACGAUCCUCCUGACAUGCCCAUGCCCACAUGCUUCCGCUCCCGAAGCCAUAGUUACCUUCGUGCCAUUCAGGCCGGCUGUUCUCAAGACGACGACACGGCGUCAAUGGAUUCUGAUUCACCGCCGCCCACGACCACAACGACCGUACGCACCUACAGAAACAGCACCGUCUCCACAUGUAUGACCUCCUGUAAGAGGGUGGCUCCUCCUCCUGUUCCCCCUCGAACCACCUCCAAACCCUUCAUCUCCGUCACCGUGCAGAGCAGCACCGAGUCUGCGCAGGACUGCUUCCCAGACCACCACGACCGCAAGAGCGAGGUCAACAGCCAAUCAGGACGCAGCAACUCCUCCGACAGCCUCGACAGCCUGGCCAAAGGGUCACGACCCCAGCUUCCUGUAGCGCCGCCCCGUGAACCCCAGAUCCCAGCGGCUGUGGUCAUCUCUCCCAAGCCGCUCCGAGAGUCCCAUCAUGAGCAGGUGAAGGCUGCAGACGAACGCCCUUUAGACCUCGUCCCGCGACGGAAACUCUCCUCCAUUGGGAUUCAAGUCGACUGUAUUCAGGAAAUCCAGGCUAAAGAAGAGACGCCACCAUUGGCCAGAUUCCAGUCGAUCGGAGUUCAAGUGGAGGACGGCUGGACUUUCAGCCGCUCCAGUAGUAUGGCCUCUCGACAAGAGACGGACUCAGACACGCAAGAUCUCUCGCUCACAUCGCUGACGUUCCCAUCCAACUCCAAACACACCGAGAAGAAAGUCAUGGUCAACAGCGCCAGCCAAUCGGUGGACUCUCCUCCGCAGCUCUCCCUCGACAACGGUAACCAUGACAACGAUGUCUCUGUGACGACCAGCGGCCCCUCCCGACAGAUCCUGACCCAUCGCUCGACCACGCAGAGCAGCUCCUCGUCCUUCUCCGAGAGUCUGGAUCCGGCCCUCGACCCGUCCUCGCUGCCGCCGCCCGACCCCUGGCUAGAGAGCGGGAACGGGACGGGGAAUGGGGGCCCCACCCAGCCGCUGAUGGGGGCCACAGCAUGCCGGCGGGACGGUCACUGGUUCCUGAAGCUCCUGCAGGCCGAGACGGGCCGGAUGGAGGGCUGGUGCAGUCAGAUGGAGAAAGAGACCAGUGAGCACCAGCUCUCAGAGGAGGUUUUGGGGAAGGUCCGUAGCGCGGUGGGCUGCGCUCAGCUCCUCAUGUCCCAGAAGUUCCAGCAGUUCAGAGGCCUGUGUGAACAAAACCUGAAUGUGAACGCAAACCCGAGAGCCACGGCUCAAGAUCUGGCCGGGUUUUGGGAUCUUCUUCAGCUCUCAAUAGAAGACAUCAGCCUCAAGUUUGACGAGCUUUAUCAUCUCAAAUCAAACGACUGGAAGCUGGAAGGAGACUCGCCGGAGAAGCAGCCGCGUGACGUUCAGGAGAACCAGAAACAGGCUCCUCCGGUGCCCAAGAAGCCUGGGAAGAGUAAACCCGGCCUGGGCCGAGAGAAGAGCAACGACGCGGUGGACAAACAGAGACAGGAGGCUCGCAAGCGGCUCAUGGCGGCCAAGAGAGCUCAGUCGGUCAAACAGAACUCAGCCACGGAGAGCGCUGACAGCAUCGAGAUCUACGUGCCCGAGGCGCAGACGCGGCUCUGAGGAGACGCACACCAAACACGCUCAAGGGCUCCGGCGUCACACACACACAAUACGAAAAGCUGCUUUUGUCUUUUGACGCCGAUGUUUAAUAAACGCAGGUGACGGAAACGACGCGGUGCGAACAAAACUCUUUUUUUGGGACUGCCAAGGAAAACCUCACAACGAAUCUUAAUAGUUGCAAUUAAUAAUAUCUAGUGCUGUCAAACGAUUAAUGGCAUCCAAAAUAAA